AUGUUUACACCGUGCAAACCUCUCUGUCUCCUAGCAGAGAGUCCAUUCAACACGAACAAUUGCUCAUUAAACCAGCCGAACAUACCUGUAAGUUUUCUCAAUAAUGAUUUCCAGUUACAUAGAGCAUGUUAUCCCAUAUCACAGAAUAUGAAAAGAUGUAACGCCCUGUUCCCUAAUUACCUGUCAUAUUCCACGUUAGCUUCGAGCCUAUUCUUUAGCUUCGGAUUCCGAGUUCAUAUAACUAAACAAGAAUUACGUAUUGGACAGGAGACACUAGCAUUUUCCCGUGAGAGUAUAUUCGGUUAUUCACCCCGAAAGGGAGAUAGAGCCGGCACGCACGUGAUGCUGAUAUUGUUGUUUGGAUUUGGAUUUGUUUUCAACAAAAUGCUCAUCGCCGUUGUUAUUCUUCUGCAGUUUCUUGCGGGUGUUCGACAUGUCACUGCAGCACCAUUAAUCGCAGAGUCAAAGCGCUUCAUAACACCUAAUGGGACCGAAGUCUUUGAUCCUCGCCCACACGGCUAUACCCCGGUUUACUCCCCCACCCGCUGGCCCGACACUGUUUUCAUCACCCGCGAUGGCAGUGUCUCUGAAUGCACCGAGUUUCCCGACCGCUACGGCAUCAGCGUCGAGUAUAUGUAUGACAAGUCCAAUUACACGUUCUACUGUUGGCAGAACAACACCAUGCAUGAUCCUUCUGGAAGAUUGUUUCUGCGAACUGUUGAAGACUGUUAUGUAGACGAAGACAAUGUCCCAGCGGAACACAUUGAUUUCCAAGACGAGCUCCCGUGGUGUGGGCCUAUCAAGCCAUAUCUAGUGGACAACAGCCCGUUACUUUGGAACUCGACGUGGAGUGAUACGGCGCAUUAUACGUUGCCAUGUUGGAGGGAGCCGACUACCAAGUCGCAGAGAUUGGAGACUGGUGCCACGUAUCCGCAUAUGUAUUGUUGGGUAGAAGGAGAGAAGUUCGGUAAUUCGACGUAA